AUGCCCCUCCCGCAUAGAUCCCGUGCCCUCUCCGUAGCACUAGUGGCUGCUGCAAGGGGCAAACCCGCCCCCCUGCUCGACCUUCCCACCGAGCUCAGUCUGGAGAUUGUAGAGCUCAGCCUGCUCGAGACCCAUUUCAACACUCUGGCCGCGGUGUCGCAGGCGUUCAAUGCGCUUGUGUCCUUCUUGCUGUACCGCCGGGUCCGGCUCGAUACCGCCGAGCAGCUGCAGCGCUUCCACGCGACGACGCGGACCAAGUCGCGCGAGUUUCUGGAAAGCCACGUCAAAGCGCUAGUGGUCACCGUCCCCCAGUCCUGCCUGACGCCAACACUUCGGAUGCAGCUCGCGCAGAUCUUGACCUCGUGCUGCGGGCUGCGGGCGGUCUUUGUUACGCGACCGGGGGCACUGGCGCAGUCUGGGAUGCCGAGCUGUAUUACCGAAUGCUGCAUCCGACGGUACGAUCCUGUGGCCUGGACGCACGCUGGGACGGCGUUUGCACAGAGCGUGACGCAUGUGCGCACAGCCGAGCCUGGGGAGGUCUGGGCGUCGCCGCUGUCGAUCAUGUCCCAUUUUGGAUGGCCGCCGCGCAUCACGCACUUUGCGCUCGCCCGGCGGGCAGAUGCGAACGAAGAGAAUGAUGCGGUGUUUGCGGAGGAGGUGGCCGCUAUCCUCGUCGAGCGCCCCGCGCUGAAGAUGCUUGUUGUGUCGAUCUUUCCGUCGCACUGGCCGCGACGCUCGAAUCAGCCAGGUUGUGUGGAAGACAGCUCGAUCUGGAAAACGCUGUCGCUGAUAUCGGAUCGUGAUUCCCGGCUGGUGGUCCAAGCUUCGGACACCAAUAGAACGGCGGAGGCAUGGCUGGAUGCCCCGGGUAGCUUUAGGGUGUUGAGCACGAUGCAUUAUGUGGCGGUGCGCCAUCGCCGGUCUUCUCCACCCAUGGCAGCGUGUUUGAGAUAUACUCGACGUGUCUGGAAGUCCUUCCUGGACAAUAAAGGCACGCGGCACGAUACGCAGUGUUUCCCGAAUCUUCAGAUUCUGAAUGCUACUCCGGGGCUGGUGAACGCGUCUUUGAAAGUGGAGCCAUACAACUGUGCGAAAUCAUAUGACCUGCUCGGUGCCAUACUGAGUUUCUUCGCUGCGCAACAGGUUGUUUUUCUGUGUGGAUCUCAGAGCUGCAGCGUGGCUGAUUCCACGCGCACAGUGCACGGGGGGCUGAUCCUCUCGCUGACCGACACUCUGGGCUCGCUGGCCGUCGCUAGCAAAGGCCAAUUCAUGACGGGCGUCUCGACCGACAUCGGAUCUUCGUUCUGCCGGCCGGCUGGGCGCCCCGGAGACGUCCUGCACGCCAAAGCACAGCUGAUCGCGAUGGGCAAGCAACUGGCCUACACCCGGGUGGAGUUUACAAAUCCAGAAGGCGUGCUGCUCGCUUAUGGAUAUCACACCAAGUAUGUGGGCAAGUCCGGAUCUCAUCCUAACAACGUGUCCUUCACGGAGGAUGGCGAGCGUGUCGUCGACGGCGAAGACUUGGAUGUGGAUUAAGCAGUAGACAUUAUCAUCAUUCUACGUACGUAGUAGACCAGCGUGAAAUUACAAGUACAGUUGGGAGAUGUGCAACGGGGACUU